AUGCAAAGUUAUUUACUAGAAAAUAUUAGGAUAUUUAUUAUAAACAAAAUGCAUAAAAUAUUUAUUAUAGAAAUAAUAUUUGUUCUGAUAAUAUUUCCUAUAAAAUUGUGAAAAAUCUAGUGGCUUUUAUAGAAAAAUAUAGUGGCUUUUAGACAAUGGAUUUAAUCAGACGAUUUUAGUUAAAGUUGCUAACAAUAAAGAAAAAGAAGAUAUUAAUAUUUUUGACUUACCAAACAAAUCAAAAAGAGUUCGCAGAUCUUUAAUAGUAAAAAAAUCAGCACCCACAUUUCUACUAAAUAUUUACAAGAAUAUUUUAACGAAUGAUACAGAUGAAUCAAAUCAAGAGACAUAG